CCCACACCUCAAUAGUUAAAAUAGUUGCGUUACUGAAACGCCCGAUUCAAGCGUCCACCCAGAAGUAUAUAAAUAUAUAAGGAGUUUGAUAUGUAUUCGACCAAGAUUGAUGGGCCACGCCGAGGAAGGUCUUUUGACUCUAUGAACACCUGUUUCGAGGAAAAGCAACUCAACAAUGAGAUGAACAAAUCUACGUUCAGCAAGAUCGAGGAGAACAGAGAUAACAAGAGCCUGUCGACAGAACGGGGGAGAGCCGCUAUUGUCUUCUCCCUUAAGAAUGAAGUUGGAGGACUCGUGAAGGCGCUUAAACUUUUUCAGGAGAAUCACGUCAACCUCGUCCACAUUGAGUCCCGAAAAUCGAAGAGACGCAACUCGGAGUUCGAAAUCUUUGUGGACUGCGACAGCAACCACGAGCAGCUAAACGAAAUUAUUCAGCUGCUACGGAAACACGUGAACGUGGUCGGCAUGGAUCCGCCUGACAACUCCUGCUUGCCCGAGGAAGAAAUGGACAAUGUGCCCUGGUUCCCAAAGAAGAUUUCUGACCUAGACAAGUGUGCCAACCGUGUCCUAAUGUACGGUUCAGACCUGGACGCUGACCACCCGGGUUUCAAGGACAAUGUCUACCGCAAGAGGAGAAAGUAUUUUGCUGAUCUGGCCAUGAACUACAAACAUGGGGACCCCAUCCCUCGCAUCGAGUUCACAGAGGAGGAGGUGAAGACGUGGGGUGUGGUGUUCAGGGAGCUGAACAAGCUGUACCCCACCCACGCCUGCCGGGAGUACCUGAAGAACCUGCCGCUGCUGACCAAAUACUGCGACUGCCGGGAAGACAACAUCCCCCAGCUGGAGGAUGUGUCGCGAUUCCUCAGGGAGCGAACAGGCUUCACCAUUCGGCCAGUGGCAGGCUACCUCUCGCCUCGAGACUUCCUUGCAGGCCUGGCUUUCCGCGUUUUCCACUGCACCCAGUAUGUUCGCCACAGCUCCGAUCCCCUCUACACACCAGAGCCGGACACGUGCCAUGAACUGCUGGGCCAUGUGCCCCUGUUGGCAGAGCCCAGCUUCGCCCAGUUCUCCCAGGAGAUCGGCCUGGCCUCACUCGGGGCCUCUGACGACUCCAUCCAGAAGCUGGCCACGUGCUACUUCUUCACGGUGGAGUUUGGCCUGUGUAAGCAGGAGGGGAAGCUGCGGGCAUAUGGAGCAGGCCUGCUGUCCUCCAUCAGUGAGCUGAAGCAUGCCCUCUCUGGGAACUCCAAAAUCCUGCCCUUUGACCCCCAGGUCACAUGCAAACAGGAGUGCAUAAUCACCACCUUCCAGGAUGUCUAUUUUGUGUCAGAUAGCUUUGAAGAGGCCAAGGUCAAGAUGAGAGAGUUUGCCAAGACCAUCAAGCGGCCCUUUACAGUACGCUACAACCCCUACACUCAGAGCGUGGAUGUUCUGAAGGACACGCCCAGCAUCAACAGCGUGGUGGAAGAGCUGCGGCAUGAGCUGGACAUCGUGGGAGACGCGCUCAGCAGGCUCAACAAGCAGCUAGGCGUCUGAGCCCGCCGACCCUAUCCCACAAUCCUUCAGCGACCCUUUUCAUGGAUCCCAAAAAGCAUGGUAGUCAGAACUAUAGUUUUAGGAUUACUAGAUAAAACAUUCUCUCAUCUGCAUUUAAGGAUUUAUAUAUAAACUCAUGCAAUUAAUCAAAAAAGAACAUUUUUAAAACCACAGUUAAUCACCACACCGUGUUUUGACCCUCCUAAGA